AUGUAUCACCAGGUAGCAAUAUGGCAUGAGGACCAACAGUGUCAAAGGUUCUUCUGGCUGGACAGAAGCGGUGAACUGUCUGUCUAUGUAUUGCAGGUCAUGAGUUUCGGUGCCUGCUGUUCUCCAAGCUGCGCGCAAUACAUCAAAAACCUCAACGCAGAACGGUUCAAGGCGACGCAUCAAUCAGCCGUGGAAGCUAUCACGAAACGCCACUACGUGGACGAUAUGCUGGUCAGCGUAGACGAAGAGAGCGAAGCAAUUCGUUUGGCCGAAGAAGUGAGACACGGCCACUCGCAGGGCGGCUUUGAGAUCCGCAAUUGGAUAAGCAACUCCAAACGGGUUCUCACCGCUCUAAAAGAAAAGACGACUGUGGAAAAGGACCUAGACAUUUCACCAGAAGUAGCCAUGGAAAAAGUUCUCGGCAUGUGGUGGCGUACAGAGACGGAUGAAUUUAUGUUCAAAAUUGGAUGGAAGCGCUACGAUCAACUUCUCCUCAGCGGUCACCGAUCGCCAACUAAGCGCGAAAUGCUUCGCGUUCUCAUGACGAUCUUCGAUCCGAUCGAUCGAUCCGCUGAACUUCGCCCUCACUUACUUCUACAUCGUACGGUCUCAAUCUCAGCCGGUAUUAAUUAUGAAUUGAUCUGCGUCAGUAAGUUUUCCAAAUGGAAAUUAUUGCGGAAUUGUGUUGCUCUCGUUUUCCGAUACAUAUCCAACUUGCGACUGAAGAUAAAAGAACAUCCUAUUCUGAUUGGCCCGCUUUCCGCGGACGAGCUCAACAAGGCAGAAGAAUACUUGUUUCGCCUCGCACAACACGAGGGCUUCCCAAACGAAGUAGCUAAUCUGGAAACCACGAAGUCACUACCAAAAACCAGCCCGCUGUACCAGUUGAAUCCUCAACUGGACGAGCAGGGAGUCAUUCGGAUGAGAACGAGGAUUGGUGCGUGUCAGUUUGCCACUGAAGCUGCCAAAAAACCUAUAAUACUGCCUCGUGAUCAUCACAUAACCACCCUGAUAAUGAAGCACUACCACCACAGAUACCACCACUGCAACCACGAAACCGUCAUAAAUGAGCUAAGACAACGGUUUCAUAUUCCUCGCAUUCGUGUCGGCUUCGCCAAGGCCCGCAGGAACUGCCAACGCUGUAAGAACGAGACAGCCAUGCCUCGCCCUCCAAUCAUGGCAGACCUACCGCCAGCCCGGCUUGCAGCCUUCACUCGGCCUUUCACAUAUGUCGGGAUAGACUACUUUGGCCCGAUUGAGGUAGCCCUAGGCAGACGAGUAGAGAAGCGCUGGGGAAUGCUGAUCACUUGUCUGACAAUACGUGCUAUUCACAUUGAACUGGUCUGCACCCUCAGCACAAACUCAUGCAUAAUGGGUCUUCGCAACUUUGUCGCCCGCAGAGGUACUCCCAGGAAGAUCUACAGCGAUCGUGGUACGAACUUUGUCGGCGCCAGUCGCACGCUAAAGGAAGCGAUGGCAGCUAUUAACGAAAAGCAGUUUAUGGAGGAGUUCAUCACUUCAGAAACGGACUGGAUAUUUAAUCCUCCCGCAGCACCACAUAUGGGUGGUUGCUGGGAAAGGUUAAUCCGGACGGUGAAGGCUAAUUUGAUGGCCAUUCAAUCAUCCCGCCAACCAACAGAUGAGGUGCUUCGAAACGUGCUUAUAGAAAUCGAGAGCAUCGUAAAUUCACGACCUUUGACGCACGUUCCGAUUGACAGCGAUUCGGCUCCAGCUCUUACCCCGAAUCACUUUUUACUCGGGUCAUCCGAUGGCUCGAAGCCAUCGGAUGACCCGAUUCUCGACAACAGUGGUUCCGCAUUGCUGCAGAACUGGCGAACAUCCCAGAUCAUCGCAAACCAGUUCUGGAGGCGUUGGGUAACCGACUAUCUUCCAGAAAUAACCAGACGAACAAAAUGGUUCGUACACACCAAACCUAUAGUCAUCGGUGACGUAGUAAUCAUCGUAGAUCCGCAGCUACCCAGAAAUUGGUAG